AACAUUGGGGUUGCAGAUCAAGAUGCACAUCCUCAGAGAAAUGGUUCCAUUUAGUUACGAGUCUGGUGAUGAUUCAAUUCAUAGUAAAGAGGAAUAGUACUGGAGAUGAUUUGUUAUGAAUGGAGAAUUGAUAAAGAGAGCCAUUAUAAUACGUAUAUGAACUAGCAAGCAUAGAUGGUAAUAGGGAGAGCUAGGUAUAAAUGUGAGAUUCCCUGUUUGUGAGGGGUUAUAUAAAGGAGGAUAGGAUGUAGGGUUUAGCCUUCUUUAAAAGGGAGAUAUAGAAUUAUAGAUCAAGAGAGAGAAAAAAGAGAAGGGCUUUAAUCUAUAAUUGUGAGGAGUUGAUACAUGGAAGAACAUCUCAACACAUUAGCUGUUACUUAUCUUCUUCAACACACUCUCAGAAGUUUAUGCAUUCACGAAAACUCACAGUGGGUUUAUGCAGUCUUUUGGAGGAUCUUGCCUAGAAAUUAUCCACCACCCAAAUGGGAUGGUCAGGGAGCUUAUGAUAGGUCAAGAGGAAACAGAAGAAACUGGAUACUGGUUUGGGAGGACGGUUUCUGCAACUUUGCAGCCUCAACAGCUGAGAAUAAUUCCGGGGAUUGUCAACCCUCCCCAGCUUAUGGGAAUUGUGAAUUUCAGCAGUAUCAAGGGCUGCAACCAGAGCUCUUCUUCAAGAUGUCUCAUGAAAUAUAUAACUAUGGAGAAGGUUUGGUAGGAAAAGUUGCUGCGGAUCACAGUCAUAAGUGGAUAUACAAAGAACAAAAUGACCAAGAGAUCAACUUCUUGUCAGCAUGGCAUAACUCAGCGGACUCACGUCCUAGGACAUGGGAAGCUCAGUUCCAGUCUGGUAUAAAGACCAUAGCUUUGAUUGCUGUUAGAGAGGGUGUAGUCCAAUUAGGAGCUGUACACAAGGUGAUAGAAGACCUGAGCUAUGUUGCUCUUCUGAGAAAGAAGUUUAGCUACAUAGAGAGCAUUCCUGGAGUGCUCUUGCCACAUCCAUCAUCUUCAGUAUAUCCAUUCAAGGCAGACGACUAUGGCUAUGGAUUAACAGCAAAUAAUAAUGUGUGGCACUAUCAACCUACUACAACUCUAGCACCACCAAACGAAUACUUUGAGCAAUUCAAUGAACCCAUGAAGAUAACUCCGUCAAUGAGCAGCCUAGAAGCCCUCCUCUCAAAGUUGCCAUCGGUGGUGCCACCAUCGGCUUCUGGGCACUGUGAGUCACAGCAGCCAGUGGUACUUUCACGGUUUGGAACAACAACGCAAACGCAAAGGCCGGCAAUGGAGUCGAGUGAAGUGCAGAAAGUGGCAAAAGAAGAGAUGGAGGAUGGUGAGGAUCAGUACAGGGGUGAACAUGAAGUAGGUGAAAGUAGCAGUUCAAUGUCGGGUUAUCAUCAUCAACAUUACUUUGAUUAUUAAGGAUGUUAUCUGCAACUAAAAAUCAAGUGAUUUAGUGAUCCUCUUACAGGGUUUUAUGUCUCCAUCAGUGUUGUUUGUAGUAGAGUUAGCCCUGCAACAACUUUAAUUUAGUCAAGUGCAGAACUACACUAACUGGCUGGUUAGUGGAUGUCAAAUCAUCAUUAUUCUAUUGAACUCUACCAAAUUCCUCAA